AUGGGAAAACGAACAGCGGAGAAUUCAGCGGCGAAUGGGGAGGGUGAGGAGAAGCAUCCUGAGAUUGGUGUUGAUGGACGUCCUGAGAAGGAGCCUACCUUUCAGGAUUAUAUGAGAGUCUUCAAGUAUGCCUCCAAAUGGGAUCUUCUCGCAUACACCGUUGGUGUAAUUGCCUCGAUCGGUGUCGGCAUCACCUUGCCUUUGUUAAACAUUGUUUUCGGUCAAUUCGCUAGCAAGUUCUCAGACUAUGCUGGUACCGAAACACUGCCGGGCGACGAGUUCCGCUCAAAGCUUAGCGAACUUUGCCUGUACCUGCUUGGUCUCUUUCUUGGUCGCCUUGUGCUAGGCUACAUCACCAACUUCGCAUUUCGCAUGACCGGCGUGAGAAUCACCUCCGCCAUUCGUCAGGACUAUUUCACGGCAUUGUUCUCACAAAGCGUCCAUGUACUGGACUCUAUGCCUCCAGGAUAUGCGACCACUAUCAUCACGACCACCGGAAACACCCUGCAACUCGGAAUCUCCGAGAAGCUGGGUGUUUUUGUGGAGUAUAAUGCCACCAUGAUCGCUUCAAUCAUCGUCGCCUUCAUCUACAGCUGGCAGCUUUCCUUAGUGACAUUCACUGCUGUUGUCUUCAUCACUUUCAGCGUCAGUCUGGUGCUUCCCUACAUUACCAAGGGCCAAACAAACCAGACCAAAUCUGAAGCUAUGGCGAUGUCUGUAGCUAGCGAAGCCAUGAGCGGUAUCCGAAUGAUUGUAGCUUAUGGCGCGGAGUCACGAAUUGGCAGCAAGUAUGGCAGAUUCGUUGACGAAGCAAAGAAGCACGCUCAAUUCGCAGGUCCAUUCAUUGCCCUACAAUACGGCCUGGUGUUCUUCAGCAGCUACGCGGCGUUUGGCCUCGCGUUUUGGUACGGAACAAGGCUUUUACUUGAAGAUAAGAUCAAUCAGCUCGGGGCCAUCAUAGUCGUCUUGUUCUCUGUCAUGAUGAUCGUCACGGCAAUGGAGAGAAUCUCUACGCCGCUUCUAGCAGUCAGCAAAGCAACAGUCGCAGCUUGCGAGUUCUUUACAGUUAUCGAUGCACCCCGGCCAGAGCCUGGCCAUCUCACCGAUCCAGACGUGUCUGCGACAGAAGACAUUAUUUUGGAGGAUGUCACAUUUGCUUACCCCAGUCGACCGCACGUCAAGAUCCUCGAUAAUCUCAAUCUGCGGAUCGAAACAGGCAAGGUCACUGCGAUUGUCGGCCCGUCUGGCUCAGGCAAGAGUACAAUCGUCGGUCUUGUUGAGCGGUGGUACGGCCUCAAAGACCAGUACGUCAUCUCCAAACCAGUCGAGAAGCCGACCGAUAAGAAGAACAACGGCGGCAAAGAGGAGGACGAGCAAGAAUUACAAGAACUCUCGUUCGCAGGAGACGAAACUGGUCCGCCAGUUGAUCUCCAUGGCCGAAUUUCUACAUGUGGCCACUCUCUUGAUGACAUCAACGUGAAGUGGUGGCGAUCGCAAAUUGGACUUGUCCAGCAGGAGCCGUUCCUCUUCAAUGACACCAUCUACAGUAACGUUCUCAACGGCCUCAUCGGUACAAAGUGGGAGAAUGAGCCUGACGAGAAGAAGAGGGAGAUGGUGCAUGAGGCCUGCAAGGAGGCAUUCGCAGAUGAGUUCAUUGAGAAGCUGCCAGAGGGCUAUAACACCGCCGUCGGCGAAGUCGGUAUCAAACUCUCAGGCGGCCAACGCCAACGCAUCGCCAUCGCCCGAGCCAUAAUCCGCCGCCCGGCCAUCCUCAUCCUCGACGAGGCCACAAGCGCAAUUGACGUCCGCGGCGAACGAAUCGUACAAGCAGCACUCGACCGAGCUUCCAAGAACAGAACAACGAUUGUGAUCGCACAUCGCCUUUCUACAAUCAAGAAGGCUGAUCGGAUCGUUGUUCUGCGACAAGGACAGGUUAUUCAGUCUGGUACUCAUGAGGGUCUUUUGACUGAUGAGGCUGGUCUUUACUACAACCUUGUCAAUGCCCAAGCACUGUCUCUGGGGGAGCAGAAGGAGGGGAAUGAGGUGAUUGCCAAGGAAGAGCGGCCGUCUUCUGUUCAUGAAAAGGCACACACCGAAUCCACCAUCGAAGAAAAACCACUGGAGAAGAAACCCAAAAACAAAGGUCUCCUCUCUAGUUUCGGCCGCUUCUUCUAUGAGACCAAGUCCAACUGGUGGAUGAUGGCCCUAACCCUCUUCUUCUCCGCCUGCGCUGGUGCCGCCGUUCCCUUCCAAGCUUGGCUCUUCGCCAAAGUCAUCAUCGUCUUCGGCUACCUCCCCGACGAGUCCAAGGUCAGAAGCGAAAGUUCCUUCUGGUCGCUCAUGUGGACUGUGCUCGCUAUUUCCGCUGGUCUAGCUUACUGUGCUACCUUCUUCUUGUCGACGCGUACUGCAAGUACCAUUCGUGCCAAGUACCAGAAGCAGUACUUCUUGUACAUCUUGCAUCAGAAGGUUGCGUUCUUCGAUCACGAUGAUCACUCUCAGGGUACAAUGGCGGCGAGGAGCGCUGAGGAUCCACGGCAGCUUGAGGAGCUGUUGGGGUCGAACAUGGCAAGCGUGUUUAUUGCGCUGUGGACUCUGAUGGGUACUAUUGCCAUCGCACUAGCUUUUGCAUGGAAGCUUGCCCUCGUGUCUCUUUGUGUAGUUGUCCCCAUCCUUCUCGCCGCUGGGUAUUGGCGAAUGCGCUACGAGAUCAAGUUCGAAGAGAUGAACAACGCCGUGUUUGUCGACAGCUCCAAGUUCGCCUCUGAAGCAAUUGGUGCAUUCCGUACAGUAGCAUCUUUCACUCUCGAAGUUGCUAUCUGCGAUCAAUUCCGUACUCUCAAUAGCAAUCAUGUCAAGGACGCCUUCAAGAAGGCUCGUUGGGUGAGCCUGUUGUAUGCCUUCUCCGAUAGCGCGACCAUCGGAUGCCAGGCUAUCGUACUGUACUACGGUGGCCGUCUCCUCCUCAGUGGCGAGUAUGAUCUGGAGAGUUUCUUCGUGUGCUUCAUGUCUGUCUUGAAUGCGGGCGAGACAACUGGACGCGCACUCAGCUUUGGACCCAACGUCGCUCAAGUACGUGCAGCUGCCAAUCGUAUCCUUGGUUUGAGGGACAGUCAGGUUAAGGACGGGCCUGAAGCUACUGGAGAGCAGUUCAUUUCUCAUGGUGAUGGCAUAGAAAUUGAGCUAGAGAAUAUUUACUUCAAGUAUCCCACUCGCGACGUGCCUGUCUUCGAUGGACUCAGUCUUACGAUUGAGAAGGGCCAAUUUGCUGCUCUAGUUGGUGCGUCGGGAAGUGGAAAGAGUAGCAUCGUCUCUCUUCUUGAAAGAUUCUACGAUCCUGAUCACGGUCGCAUCCUAUGCAAUGGCCAAGACAUCGCCACCAACAACGUCUACACUUACCGUCGCCAUCUCUCGCUUGUCGCUCAAGAGUCAAGCUUAUUCCAAGGCACAUUACGAGAAAACAUCCUCCUCGGCGUUGAGGACACCGUCGACGACGCAGCUGUCCAUCGCGUAUGUCAAGAAGCAUCCAUCCACGAGUUUAUCAUGUCUCUCCCAGAAGGGUACCAAACUCAGGUAGGCUCCCGUGGCGUGACCCUCUCAGGCGGCCAGAGACAGCGCGUCGCCAUCGCCCGAGCAUUGAUGCGAAACCCAGAUAUCUUACUCCUCGAUGAGGCUACAAGUUCUCUCGACUCAGAGAGUGAGAAGCUGGUCCAAGAGGCCUUUGAGCGGGCUGGCAAAGGGCGUACUAUGGUUGUCGUUGCUCAUCGUCUUGCGACGGUGCAAAAUGCCGAUGUCAUAUUUGUUCUUGGCGAGGGCAAGUUAAUUGAGAAGGGGAGCCAUCGCGAGUUACUGGCAGCUCGUGGUGUUUACUGGCAGAUGUGUCAGAGCCAGGCUUUGGAUAAGUAG